AUGGAGGGUGGGGGUCCCCGGACGCCAACCUCCACACCAGCGGGCUCCGCUACUUCGUGCAGCGCGUCCUUUCCCUGCAGCGCACCUAAGCUGCUCCCAUCCCUCCGCCCGCCAGCGCGCAGGAGAAAAGGAAGCCAUCCGCGGCUGGAUGGCCUGGUGUCGGAGCUGGAAGGCUCGCCGCAGAAAACGUGCGUGCCGGCCCCCAGCUCCCAGACCGCGCAGCAGGCGGCGGCGGGGGCGGAGGGUCGCCCGCGUGGGCCCGACCCCGCGGCGCGCGUGGGGCUGGCGCAGCGCCCUCCCCGACUCCCGCAGAGCCCGCGCGCCCCCACGGGCCCGCGUCCGGCCACCCCGAGCCCUGGCCCUCCCCGGAGGGCGCCGGCGCGGCCGAGCCCCGCGCCCACGAUGGAGUCGCAUGCCUGGGCUGCGACCCCGGGGGAGCCCGGGGACGGUGCCGCCGUCCUGGCGGGGAGGCAGAAGGGCCCACGGCCGCCCCCUCCCCCGCCCGGGACAGCCGCGCCGGGCUUCCUGCCGGGGUCGGCUUCCCGCCUGCAGCCCGAGGGGACGCCGCCCGCCACCGCCCGCCCAGCCCGCUCGCCUCCUUACCCGGACACCGCCCCUCUCGAGCCUGCUCGCCCCGGGACACGUCCCGCUUCAGCCCCGGCCGCCGGCCCUCCGCGUCCGCCGCCUCCACCCUCCGCCGGGUUUCAAAUUGAAAUUCCCUGGCUGGGGCCGUCAGAGAACUCCAGGCGCAAGCCCCGCCCCCUCCUGGCGGAAGCCCCGCCCCGCAUCCCCCGCCCGGCACGCCCCGGGCGCGGAAACCCCCGCGGGCAGGCCACGCCCCCGCGGGCAGGCCACGCCCCCGGCGCCGGCUGGCGUGGGAGGGGGGCCUCCCCGAGGGGUUCGCGCGGCUCCCAGGCCCGGUGCCCCGCCGCAGGGGCCGCUUGCGCCCUCAGAGCGACCCUGGAGAUAAUGAUGGCCAGUGCGUGUGUGCGAGGCGUUCUUUCUUAG